AUGAUUAUUGCUGGCUUUUACGUUCGUAGCUUGGCAGUGGGCAGUAGCAGCAGUGAGAGGCAGCAGCAGGCACGCCGGCCUAGAGCCUGUAUAGGGAUACAGGCUCUCUACGCCGGCCUACAGAGUCUGUAUAGGCCUAUACAGGCUCUCUACGCCGGCCACGCCCUGUGCACCAUCUGCUGUCGGCCUCUGGUGCCAACCAACCAGCCCGUCGACGUGCAGCAGUCCAGCCAGCAGCGCGCAGCCCGCAGUGGUCCUAGCCCACAGCCCGCAGCCAGCAGUGGUCCUCGCCCACAGCCCACAGCCAGCAACCAGCAGCCAGCACCCACAGCCAACAGUGGUCCUCAACUGCAGCCCGCAGCCAGCACCGGUCCCAGCCAGCAGCCAGCAGCCAGCAGUGGUCCUCGCCAGCAGCCCGCAGCCAACAAUGGUCCUCAACUGCAGCCCGCAGCCAGCACCGGUCCAGGCCAGCAGCCACCAGUGGUCCACGCCAGCAGCCCGCAGCCAACAAUGGUCCUCGCCCGCAGCCCACAGCGGUCCCAGCCAGGAGCCAGCAGCCAGCAGCCAGCAAUGGUCCUCGCCCACAGCCCACAGCCAACAAUGGUCCUCAACUGCAGCCCGCAGCCAGCACCGGUCCCAGCCAGCAGCCAGCAGCCAGCAGUGGUCCUCGCCAGCAGCCCGCAGCCAACAAUGGUCCUCAACUGCAGCCCGCAGCCAGCACCAGUCCCAGCCAGCAGCCAGCAGUGGUCCUCGCCAGCAGCCAACAAUGUUCCUCGCCUGCAGCUCGCAGCCCGCAGCGGUCCCAGACAGCAGCCAGCAGCCAGCACCGGUCCCAGCCAGCAGCCAGCAGCCAGCAGUGGUCCUCGCCAGCAGCCCGCAGCCAACAAUGGUCCUCAACUGCAGCCCGCAGCCAGCACCGGUCCCAGCCAGCAGCCAGCAGCCAGCAGUGGUCCUCGCCAGCAGCCCGCAGCCAACAAUGGUCCUCGCCUGCAGCCCGCAGCCCGCAGCGGUCCCAGCCAGCAGCCAGGAGCCAGCAGCCAGCAAUGGUCCUCGCCCACAGCCCACAGCCAACAGUGGUCCUCAACUGCAGCCCGCAGCCAGCACCGGUCCCAGCCAGCAGCCAGCAGCCAGCAAUGGUCCUCGCCCACAGCCCACAGCCAAGAAGUGGUCCUCAACUGCAGCCCGCAGCCAGCACCGGUCCCAGCCAGCAGCCAGCAGCCAGCAAUGGUCCUCGCCAGCAGCCCGCAGCCAACAAUGGUCCUCAACUGCAGCCCGCAGCCAGCAGUGGUCCUCGCCAGCAGCCCGCAGCCAACAAUGGUCCUCGCCUGCAGCCCGCAGCCCGCAGCGGUCCCAGCCAGCAGCCAGCAGCCAGCAGUGGUCCUCGCCAGCAGCCCACAGCCAACAGUGGUCCUCAACAGCAGCCCGCAGCCAGCACCGGUCCCAGCCAGCAGCCAGCAGCCAGCAGCCAGCAGUGGUCCUCGCCAGCAGCCUGCAGCCAACAAUGGUCCUCGCCUGCAGUCCACAGCCCGCAGCGGUCCCAGCCAGCAGCAAGGAGCCAGCAGCCAGCAGCCAGCAAUGGUCCUCGCCCACAGCCAACAGUGGUCCUCAACUGCAGCCCGCAGCCAGCACCGGUCCCAGCCAGCAGCCAGCAGCCAGCAAUGGUCCUCGCCCACAGCCCACAGCCAAGGAGUGGUCCUCAACUGCAGCCCGCAGACAGCACCGGUCCCAGCCAGCAGCCAGCAGCCAGCAAUGGUCCUCGCCAGCAGCCCGCAGCCAACAAUGGUCCUCGCCAGCAGCCCGCAGCCAGCACCGCCCACAGCCAACAGUGGUCCUCAACUGCAGCCCGCAGCCAGCACCGGUCCCAGCCAGCAGCCAGCAGCCAGAAGUGGUCCUCGCCAGCAGCCCGCAGCCAACAAUGGUCCUCGCCUGCAGCCCGCAGCCCGCAGCGGUCCCAGCCAGCAGCCAGCAGUGGUCCUCGCCAGCAGUCCGCAGCCAACAAUGGUCCUCGCCUGCAGCCCACAGCCAGCACCAGUCCCAGCCAGCAGCCAGCAGCCAGCAGUGGUCCUCGCCAGCAGCCCACAGCCAACAAUGGUCCUCGCCUGCAGCCCGCAGCGGUCCCAGCCAGCAGCCAGGAGCCAGCAGCCAGCAGCCAGCAAUGGUCCUCGCCCACAGCCCACAGCCAACAGUGGUCCUCAACUGCAGCCCGCAGCCAGCACCGGUCCCAGCCAGCAGCCAGAAGUGGUCCUCGCCUGCAGCCCGCAGCCAACAAUGGUCCUCGCCUGCAGCCCGCAGCCCGCAGCGGUCCCAGCCAGCAGCGGUCCUCGCCAGCAGUCCGCAGCCAACAAUGGUCCUCGCCUGCAGCCCGCAGCCCGCAGCGGUCCCAGCCAGCAGCCAGGAGCCAGCAGCCAGCAGCCAGCAAUGGUCCUCGCCCACAGCCCACAGCCAACAAGUGCCUGGUCCCCUGCUCGUUUCUGUCUUGUCGUCACCUAG